UUGGUUUUAUGGCUCGACAUUGUGAGACGUAUUAGCCAACUGUUCCUAGAUAUACGGAAAAAGUCGACGGUAGAAAGGGCUGAAGUGAAAGAUCUGAACAUUUACGAUCGUUCGAGGAAAGACGUAGAGGACGUCGUUGUCGAGAUUCAUAACGGCGAACCAGAGCCCAAUUCGCCACAAACUUUCCGAAAUCAUGGUGCAACAAAUGAAUUAGUAAAUAUGCUUCAGGAUGAAAUCUCUCGCCUUCGUUCUCAGCUUGCUACGGUGACCAAAAGUCUUGGCGAUGUUCACGAUGAAGAGUAUGUGCACAAGGCUGCUUCCCCAGUUUCAGGAUAUGGGUCGUGUAACGAAUCUGAAGUACGAAGGCUGAAGGAAAAGAAGAUCAAGUCGAUGAAGGCUGAAAUGGACAAUCUUCAAGAGCAACUCAGUUCGAAAAGUACGAAUCUACUUCGUUGUGAAGACAAAUUAAGAAAAGUGCAGCAAGAGAAAAACAGAAUUUCCGCCGAGUUGUCAGAUGUUCUGAGAACAGCUAAGAGACGAAACACUGAAGCCGACCAUUCAGACGCUCGAUUUGAACCCUCUUCUCCUUCUCCGCACAUCGUUCGUUCAAAAAGUGACAAUGUACUGACGACUCCAAGAACGAAAGAAAGAGACGAAGAACUGACCAAGCAUUCGUCCUUGGCCAGCAAACAGCGGCGUUCGCUCUCAUCGUCGCCUGAAAGGAGAGCUGGCAACGUCAAUCGGUAUUGUAAUGUAUGCAGACUCUACCGUAACGGACUACUGUCGCAUUACCAACGACGUGGUCACAGGGGAAGCGUCAUAAAAGAUUCGAAGCUACUGAGUUUCGCAGCUAAGGGAAGGAACUUGGACGACGCUUCUGAAGCGGUUGUGGACAAACUGAUAGAAGAAAAUCUGUCUCUGUGGGAUAUGUGCCGCAAGGCAAAAGCAGAUUACGACAGCCUUCAGCAGGAGCAUGAAGUUUUGCGGAACUCCUACAACCAAGUGAAUAUGCUUUUUAAUUGUUUUUUGCUGCCAAUGUUCGCAGCCUCACGCGUGUUGUUUUCGUUUAAGCUGAAGCACCAAAAUAUCGCCCUUGGAAAGGAGCAGCGACAGACUCCUAGCGCUGAAAAGAUUCUGAUGACAAAAAAGAACACUGAGCAGGGGACUCACACUCCACCAGCCACCUCUGAUCAACUCGUGGAUCAUUAUAAGUCGCUGUUGGCCAAGUCCGAUGCAGAGAAGUCUCGUCAUGAAGCUAACUAUGCUCUUGUCAGUGGACAGAAAGUUAAGAUAACGUUGCGCAAAAUUGUCCAGCAUUUGUUCCUGACACUUCAAAACGGUAAACGUUUCGAGACGGAGUAUCAGAUUGAGAACUUGGUAGCUUUCAGUAUGGUGAUCUUGAUUGCCGCCCAUAUCGAUCAAUCUUACCACAGUUUAAAUGAAAACGUCCAAAGUUGA